CUGGCUGCCGAUUGACGUUUCGAUAUCACUGUAACAAGCUGAAACUUUUAAUUUUAAAUGUAAAAAGGAGAAGGAGAUAUAUGAAAAGAAACCUCACCACAAAUAACUAAACAGUAGCUUUUGUAUAACUUAUAAUAAAGUAAAGAAAGAAGUGAAAAAGUAUAAACAUUCGCGGCAUUUUUGAGGUUAUAUUAUUCCAAAUAUAUUUUCCGUAUAUAAAAACUCUGGUUAUUACGUAAAUAAAAAUGCGCCUACUAAAGAAUUUAUUACGAAUACCCAAACAUUAUUUGAGCUGGUCUCAAAGUUGUUUUUACAGCAAAAAUAUCCUGAAACUAAGUGAGCGAGGAAUGUAUCAAGAUCUGUUUCCUAAUACAUCUGCGGCAGAAAUAAAGGAGAUAUUGGAGAAAUCCCCACAGUGUGUGUAUGCCGGCUUUGACCCAACGGCUAACAGCCUCCAUGUUGGCAACUUACUAGUUAUUAUAAACUUAAUACACUGGCAACGAGCAGGACACAAUGUUGUAGCACUUUUGGGAGGUGCAACCGGCCAUAUUGGAGAUCCAAGCGGUAGGAGUUCAGACCGUAUAGCUUUACAGAAAGACAUAUUACAGGAGAACAUUAAAAGUAUUAAGAAAAAUCUUGAGACAGUAUUUGAAAAUCAUGAAAAAUAUCUGCUACCUGAAAACAAAGGGCCAUUGAAACCUGUAAGGAUAGUCAACAAUGAGGACUGGUACAGGAAGGUGGACUCUAUCAGGUUUGUGAGUGAGAUCGGGCGGAACUUCAGAAUGGGCACAAUGCUGCUGAAACACAGUGUGCAGACUCGGAUCAACUCUGAAGUCGGCAUGAGCUUCACAGAGUUCGCCUACCAGAUCUUCCAGGCAUACGAUUGGCUGCAUCUGUUGAAGGAAUAUGACUGCAGGUUUCAAAUAGGAGGAAGUGAUCAAAUGGGAAACAUUAGUGCUGGACACGAAUUGAUAAGCAGGGUAGCUAAAAAAGAAGUUUAUGGCCUAACCCUACCUCUAGUCACAACGGAAGAAGGAGACAAAUUCGGCAAAUCAGCCGGCAACGCCCUCUGGCUGGACCCAGAGAAAACUAGUCCUUACAGCCUGUACCAAUACUUCGUGAGGACUAAAGACAGUGAUGUGGAGAGGCUACUGAAGUUAUUCACGUUUCACACCCUCGGGGAGGUCAAGGACAUCAUGAUGAGGCACCAGCAGGCGCCCGAGAAGAGGAUUGCACAGAACAGCUUGGCUGAGCAACUCAUUCUGUUGGUUCAUGGAAACGAGGGCCUCGAGCGCGCGCGCAAGGCAACAUCCGCUCUGUUCAGCAAGGACGUGACGUCACUCACCUCGCUGUCACCACUAGAACUGGAGCAGGUGUUCUCCGGCGCGCCCGUGGUGAGGGUGCUGCUGCAGCCCGGCACCACCGUGCUCGACCUCGCCAUGAAGGCUAACUGCUUCGGUUCACAGACCGACGCCAUGAGAAUAAUAAAUGCUGGAGGCUUCUACAUCAACCAUCAGAAGAUGAAGAACAUAGACGAGGUCAUCACGGAAUCUGCACACAUACUGCCUAACCUCAUAUCUUUGUUAAGGGUCGGUAAAAAACAUUACUACAUUGUGAAAUGGCAAACGUAA